AUGCCAAAUUUUGUGCAAUAACGAAGACGUGUUCUUCAUAUCCAGAAACAGACAAACUUGAAUUUUAAUGUAAAAGGAAAACAUUAUCAUUAUGUAUGAUAAACGUUUUGAAGAAAUUUUAGAUUUUAUAAAUCUGUAUGAUAAAUUAAUAAAUUGUCAUAUAGUUGAUUUCAUUACGGAUAAUUUGUGGAAAAUGUGUUUGCCAGAUGGAUUGAGAUUAGAGUUAGAAAAUGACGAUAUUGAAUGCAUCCACUGGAUAGAAGAUGACAGACAUCCUAUCCUUAAUCAAUUUAUUAAACUAUCCAGGUCUCUUUCUCUACAAUCUUGUUCUAUAGAAAUAAAUUCAAUGGAUCUUGCAAAUGUAUUACCAAUCAUCUACAACUUAAAUAAAUGUAAAUACAAAGAUGUUAAAUCUGAAUUUAUGAAUGCCAAAAAAUCACAUGAAGUUGAAUGUCUUGGAAAUAUUGUGGGAGCAGUAGCAGCAUCAACUAGAAGUUUAGUAAUAGAUGCCGGUGCUGGCAAAGCAUAUUUGUCGACAUUCUUAGCUGAAAAUCAUAAUGUUCCUGUCCUUGCAAUAGAUUCUUCGCAAUCGUGUUGCAAAGGAGCAGUUUGUAGGCAAAGGAAAUUAAAGAAAAGAACAAAGUAUUCUCAGAAUUUGGUCCAAUACAUAGUCGACGAAAUAGACGAAAACACAAACUACAUAAAAAUGAUAAAUGAAAAUUUUCAAGAAUGGAAAUUAAAUAAAAACCUUAUAUUAACUGGCUUGCAUGCUUGUGGCUCUCUUACUCAUUCGAUUAUUAAAACUUUUCUAGCCACAAAAGAUAUUCAUCUUUUGUGCAUUGUGCCUUGUUGUUAUCAUUUAACAAACGAAACGUUAAACAAAACAAUUAAUUUUUCUAAAAAUGCUAGAAUGUUAGCCCAACAAUCCAUUGAAAGAAGUACUAAUAGUAAGACCGUAUCUUCGUCGUUGUUUUACAGAGCAGUCUUACAAGUGAUACUACAUUCCAUAGGUGUUCAUAAUGCUAGAGUAGGUCGUGGCGGACCCUUACACGAUUUUCCAACUUAUGCCUUGUGGGCAUUUUCAAGAAUUGGAGUAGACCCAGAGAAGAUACCACCUGUUGAAACGUUGGAAAACAUUUAUCAGUUACACAAGGAUUUGUCUAAACGAUUCUAUGCUUUUCAAAUGUUACGAAUACAUACAGGUCUUGUAUUGGAAGCAGCUAUUAUGCUUGAUAGAAUAUUGUUUUUACAGAAAAGUAAUUUAUGCUCCAAACUUGCUAUAUUACGUUUAUUUGAUCCGAUUUUAUCGCCUCGACAUUAUGGUAUCUUUGCAAUUAAAUAAUACAAAAGGAUAUACUAUUGACGAAAAAGAAUUGUUUCAUACACGGUAUGAUUUCUCAAAUGUUGUACAAAUUAAUUGAGUAAAUAAUUACGGAAAUACAAAAACGUUGUGAUACACAAUACAUUUUUUAUGGAUUCGAUAAAA